AUGGCUCCCAAAAUCAUCGCCAAGCCUCCGAAAGGCACGCGCGACAUCGGCCCGGAGGCGAUGGCCAUCCGGGAGCGGGCCUUCACUCUAAUCACCUCUGUCUUCCGUUCGCACGGCGCGGUGUCCAUCGACACGCCGGUCUUCGAGCUACGCGACGUGCUACAAAACAAGUACGGCGAGGACUCCAAGCUAAUCUACGACCUUUCCGACGACAUGUCCUCCGAAACAGGCGAGAAGCUGUCGCUCCGCUACGACCUGUCUGUGCCGUUCGCACGGUACAUCGCCUCCAACAACGUGUCGCAGAUCAAGCGGUAUCACAUCGGCAAGGUGUAUCGGCGCGACCGGCCGGCCAUGGAGCGCGGGCGGUUCCGCGAGUUCUUCCAAUGCGACUUCGACAUCGCGGGGACGUACCCCGCGAUGGUGCCCGACGCCGAGGUGCUGGUAGUGAUGAUGCAGAUGUUCGACGCGCUCGCGGCGCAGAGCGAGUUCCACGCCAAGACGAUCGGGAGCUACAGGAUCAAGGUGAGCAACCGGGCGAUCCUCGACGCGAUCUUCCGCGUGUGCGGCGUGCCCGACGAAAAACUGCGCACGAUCUGCUCGGCCGUCGACAAGCUCGACAAAGAGACGUGGGACAACGUGCGCAAGGAGAUGGUGGUCGAGAAGGGGCUCGCGGAGGAGGCUGCUGACAGGAUCGGGGAGUUUGUCAAGAUGAGCGGCGAGCCGUUGCAAGUGCUCGGCGAGCUGCGCAAGCACGAUGCGCUGGCGGAGAGCUGCGGGAAGACGCUCGACGAGAUGGAGAAGCUGUUCCACCUGGUAGAGUGCAUGCGCGAGGGGAUGCCGCAGCGGCUGUCGUUCGACCUGUCGCUGGCAAGGGGGUUGGAUUACUACACCGGGGUGAUCUUCGAGGCGGUGCUGGUGGACCGGAAGAUCAACCUGGGGUCGAUCGGGGCUGGGGGCAGGUACGACAAGUUGGUGAGCAUGUUCAAGAGCCGGAGCGUGCCGUGCGUGGGGUGUUCGCUCGGGAUUGAGAGGAUCAUGAACCUGAUGGUGAAAGCGCGAGGCGCUGGCCGACGCGGUGAGAGAGGAGGUGGCCAAGCUGGCGCGGCGGUGAGCGUUGUGCCGCCGGUGCAGAAGGGAGCAGCGGAGGCCUACGGCGUCACGUCAUGCAAAUUUGUAAACGUGUGGCUGCCGCUGAGGAGGCGCCGCCAUCCGACCAAUUCACCCCCCCUCGCUCGCCCCCCAUUCCUUCUUCCUUCAAUUCACGCUCCUCCCCUUCGGAUGGAAGCAAAUGACAACAGCUCCCUCCCUUCUAAGCCCCUGCACCCCAGCCCUCCGCCCUCCUCCCUCCGCCCUCCCCCCUCCUUCCCCGCUCCCCGCACAACCGUCCAGCCAUGGCGAAGCGCGCACGCCCCUCCCCCGUCCCGCCCGCCGCGGCCUUCCUCGCGCACCCGCCGUUCAUCCGCGUGCAGACGCGCUCGCUCCGCCUCUGCCCGCGCCACCUGCGCCGCUCGCGCUUCCUCCCUGCCCUCCCCUCGCCCCUCCCCCGCGUCACGCACAACCUGA